AUGGCAUUGCGGGCCACGGCUACAGUGCCAUGGCCAGCGGCCUACAUGCGCUGUAUCCAUGUGUACACCUACUUGUUGGCCCUCACGACGUUGUUGCUCUCGGCUCGCACCUACAUGACGCCACGUGCUCGGUGGCUUCGUGCGUACGCGACGCUCGUGGCAGGUCUACAUACUCUGGCCCUGUAUGUACGUUGGCACCAGCAUGACUGGGUCCAUUUUCUACGUAUGAUGGACCUUAUCUGUGCGCAAGGCACGCUAGGUCUGUGUAUGUAUAUGCUCUACCGAUACAUCCGCACUCUAGACGCAACAGCGACGACACGCUUACCAGCGUCCUGGGCAUCGUACAUGCGCCUUUCGGCCCUGGGCUGGAUCGCUAUGCUGCCAACCGUGUACAUACGCCCACUUUAUACCCUCAUGUACCUGCUCCUAUGCCUGCAGUGGGUGCUGUACCAUGCGCAGCUCUCCCGUGUGUGGACACACUACAGCCAUCGCCUGGAAGCCGAGCCGGGGCUCCUUGCGUGGGCCAUGUCGUGCCUAGGCGGCCCACCCCGUGCCAAAGCCUCACGCUCGGCCGCUGCAGCCCCAACUUCCGUACAUAUCACGUACGAUCUCUUGAACGUGUACAUGCUCAUGUGCUUGCAACUCAUGUUCCUUGUGAUCUACAGCUACGCUGAAGAGCUACGUGACUUCCACGUGUGGAUUGUGAUCACCUCUCGCACCUUCUCUGUGGUGUUCUUCCUUCUGCUCGGCGCACCACAUACCCUGGCCCUCUUUGAUAUCCCCCCCGCUUCGAUGACGCACCAAUCUGCGUAG